AUGGAUGCUUUGUCUGCAGGUGGGACACUGCCAGUGCGUCGUCUGCCCCACACUGGACCCAGCCGGCGCUUCGCUGUCUCCAGGGGUCGCAUCGUCGGGGGAUACGACGCCAAAAGUGGUGAGUAUCCAUACAUGGUAUCACUGCAGCUCGUUGUGUCGGGUUCCCGGUUCUACAACUGCGGCGGCUCCAUCAUCUCUGAGAGCGCCGUCCUCACCGCAGGACAGUGCGCUGUUGACAGUGGAUACUACAUCGGCGACCCCGGUAGUCCACUGGUGCAGAACAACGAGGUGAUCGGCGUGGUUUCCUGGGGAAUAGACCCGUGUGGAUACCAAGGCGCUCCAUCCGUCUACACAAGAGUGUCUGCUCACAUAGACUUCAUCAACCAAAAUCUCUGA